AUGAGGCAACUUGAGUUAUUGAAGGACUACGACAUGCAGAUCCAGUAUCAUCCAGGCAAAGCCAACUCAGUGGCCGACGCUUUGAGCAGGAAGUUAGUUGGGAGUUUGGUAUGUUUGUCAACGAUUUUAGUAGAGCCGACGAUUAUUGAGGAAGUGAAGACCAGACAGAGGGAAGGUGAAUUCUUCGAGAAGGUAAUUGAUGAGUUUGUCACCAAGCCGAGGUCAGGGUACACCAUUGAGAAUCAGGUGUUUAAGUUCGAGGGAAGGUUGUGCGUAGCCGACGUCCCAGAGUUGAAGAGGAAGAUUUUGCAGGAAUCCCAUGGUUCCAGAUUUUCCGUUCAUCCAGGAAAUACCAAGAUGUACUAG